UGAUCACCUCAGUCAUGUGACUAGUGACAUCACAGGUCCUUCAGCUGGAAGGGACCUAGCUACUACCUUGAAGGUAUCCAUGGCGGAAGAUUAAGACAUGGAUGACUUGAAUCUUCAUUAUCGAUUUCUCAAUUGGAGACGGCGAAUUCGUGAGAUUCGUGAAGUGCGAGCUGUUCGAUACCAAGAGAGAGCUAAGCACAUAGUAGUAGACGGGGAUAUACUCAGCUAUCACGGGAAUUCUGGGGAGGUUGGUUGCUACGUGGCUCCUCGUCCAUUAAGCAAAGAAAAUAACUACUUUGAGGUGUCUAUUGUGGACCGUGGUGUACGUGGGACGAUUGCUGUUGGUUUAGUACCUCAGUAUUACAGUCUGGACCAUCAACCAGGUUGGCUGCCGGACUCUGUGGCUUACCAUGCUGAUGAUGGCAAGCUGUAUAAUGGAAGAACAAAGGGACGACAAUUUGGAACAAAGUGCAAUUCUGGAGACCGAAUAGGUUGCGGUAUUGAACCUAGCUCCUUUCAUGUGCAAACUGCUCAGAUUUUCUUCACCAAAAACGGCAAGAGGGUAGGAAGCACUGUGAUGCCUCUGUCCCCAGAUGGUCUUUUCCCUGCAGUUGGGAUGCACUCGCUUGGUGAGGAAGUGCGCCUCCAUCUGAAUGCAGAAAUCAGUAGUGAGGAAGACGACAGCGUAAUGAUGGUGGACAGCUACGAGGACGAGUGGGGAAGGUUGCAUGACGUCAGAGUGUCUGGCACACUCUUGGAGUAUGUUGGGAAGGGUAAAAGUAUAAUCGAUGUUGGGCUGGCACAGGCACGACGCAGUCUCAGCACACGGAGUCAUUACUUUGAGGUGGAAAUUGUUGAUCCUGGCGAGAAGUGUUACAUAGCACUAGGGUUGGCUAGAAAGGAUUAUCCAAAAAAUCGGCAUCCGGGCUGGAGCAGAGGUUCUGUUGCUUAUCAUGCCGAUGAUGGAAAGAUAUUUCAUGGCAGUGGUGUUGGGGAUCCAUUUGGACCUCGUUGUUACAAAGGAGACAUCAUGGGCUGUGGAAUUAUGUUUCCGCGAGACUAUAUUCUUGACAGUGAAGGUGAGAGCGAUGAUGGCAAUGAUAUGAAGGAGCUAAAGCUGCAGCCGCGGGGAGUGAGAAAUGUAAUGUACCUUCGUCGGGAGCAGCAACAAGGAGAGGACGGAGAAGAAGAGGAGGAGGAGGAAGAGGAGGAGGAAAUAGAGAGGGAACAUGAUGGCAAGAAAGUCAUGGUUUUCUUCACACGAAAUGGGAAAAUCAUUGGAAAGAAAGAAUCUGUUCUUCCUCACGGGGGUUUCUACCCAACGAUUGGAAUGCUGAGCAGCGGCGAGAAAGUGAAGGUGGAUCUGCAUCCCUUGAGUGGGUGAAGGAAAUUACAUCAGUGUGGGAAGGCACACUGCAUCAUUUUGCCAUCUUUUUUUCAACAUCAGAUUCCUGGUCAUGCACAUUUUGCACGUGGGCUUGUGGUAGUGUCUUCAUGUCUGAAAACGUAUCCAUGCCCCUUGCCUGUGAGUGGGCUCAGUAUUGCAUCAUGCUUGUAUGUGUCGGCAGAGCAGAAGACAUGUUUGAACAGGAAACAAGAGAUUUCACACAUUUGUUAAUAGUAUUUAUCCAGCCAUUAUAAGGGUAGUUCACCUUAUUUUCCUGAAACACAUUACACUAUUUUGGAUAGUUUAAUAUCCAAGCAGAUUAUAGGUGGUAAUGUAUGACAAUCUUACCACAAGUGAUUUUCUCCCCCUUUUUUCUUCUUCUAAGGAAUAUUGAACUUUGUCUGGUUUUGGUGCACACCUCAUUGAAAGAUAAAUUUAUGCAGGCUCCUUUUAAUGACAGGCUCUGUGUGGUUCUGUUGAAUACAUUCUUUUCCUACCUCAUUAGUUGGAUUCAGGUCAUACUUUAUAAUAAAUAUAUUUUGUUCAUAUAAAUUACCUUUGCUAUUACGGUUUAAUGAACCCGCAUUACUUUAUUUAAAGUAUUAACAUUUCAUCUUAGCCUACCACCUCCCAGCUUUAGAACAGGACCUCCUUUUAUAGCACUUAUUUCUCCAAAUCAUGCUUUAUUCCAAUAUUUAAACAUGUUUUAUUUCUUUGUAAUAUCCAAAAGUUUUUUUUGUUUUUGUUAAUCAUGUCUCCAGAAAUGAACACUAAAUUAUAGGGUUCCCUGGUAGACAAAACCUAGUGUGACAUCACUACCUCAGAAGAUCUCUUUACCAUGAGAUGUUUGUAUAUUUUAUUACACCUGCUAGCAGAAAACUAGCGCUCUAGAAUAUUUCCUUUUUUCUAGAAUAAAAAUUUCUGUAGCUGUUGUGGGGUGUCCAGUUUAAGACCAAGGAAUGCAACCUUCCUCAAUUAUGUUUAGCCAAUUUUUUUUCUUUUGCAGCAAGCUUAUUAGAUUUGUGGCCCGUAUGGUACCAGAGUUGUAUACUAUUUCUGCACUGCCACGUUCCAAUGGCUUUCAUAAUAUUAUACAGGUGGGUUCUUUUUUUAUAACCAAAAUGAAACCAAAGAUUAAAAAAAAAACUCUUUUAAUUGCCAUAUAGCAGUUUUUUCGGACUCUGUAAUAGUGCAAAACAAAGACUGAUGUUUUUAUUAAGGAUUGUUUAGUUUUUUUUUUGCAGUAACGCAAGCAUUUCACAUUUAAUGUUUUGAAUCGCCCUUUCAUGUAUCUGGCUGAUGUGUCCAUGCGUUACCUUAGCACGACUAGUUUGUAGACUGACAUUUAUAAUAGCUGUAUGGGAGCGCAGUGGAGGCAAUACCAUUACAGGGAUAACAGGAGAGCUUUAUUUAUAUUUAUGUUGAUAUUAUUAUUGUAGGGUUUUAAGUUUUCUUUUCAAAAGGGCUGGGCUAAAAAUAUACUGUAUAAGCAAACUUCUUUUGUAUAAAAUGUGCAAAAUUCCUACAUAUAUACUGAGACCCUACAAUACAUACACUGGAUCAGUUUAGAACACAUUUUAAAGGGAUAUUAAACAGUGUUCCAUUGGUAAAAACAGAUAUGUUAAUUUUCUUGUAAAAUUAGCACUUAGAAAUUCUCAGUGUAGCCCUGCCCCAAAACCCAGAGGCAGAACUUUUCUUCACUUUCUGAGAUUUAAAUUUUUUUAGUGAAAAAUGUUCUGCAGGUCAUUUUGAAAUGAAAUUUUAUUUUAAAUCAGGUAGUUACACAAAAUCACUAGUUCAAUUGCAAUGUGUUGAUUAAUUGGAGACUAAAGCAUUUUUUUUAAGUUUUAUAAUCUAGUGCUGCAGUUGAAAAUUGUAUUGCAAAUUAGUUGUAGACAAAAAAAUUGUUUCCUUUUCUCUUGGUUUAACAUCACAACGUAGAAAUGUAGUAAUAAAAAGUGUGCAUUGUUCACAAGAACAUCUUACAUUCAGAAUUUACAGCUUUGCAGACUGGGUCCAGGGUUGAAAAACGUCCUGAGAGCCAGUCAACAAUAAAUGCACUGCUGCUUUGCAGCGCUACUCCAUAUUUGACUGUUCUCUUCAAACAGCACUCUGCUCUGGAUGCUCUGUGUUAAGAAAAACCUACACAGUGCAGCCAAGAGCACAGCGCUGUUUGAAGAGUAGAGUCUAAUGUUGAGCAGGGCUGCAAAGUGAAAGUGCUAACAGUUCCUGCAUGUGUCCCAUUCUUUCUGCAGACAUGCUGCAUUUUAUGCGAUUACAUCUCCGAUCACAGCAUGUUCUGCCUUGGGGCCCCAAAAGUGCAGAAGAUUUUAAAAACCUAUGUUUACUUCUGUCAGUUCUGGGCAUGAGCAAAUCUGACUCUCUGUUAUCUAGUCUGUUCACUAGCCUAGAAGUUUUAUGACAUCAAGCAAAGAUAAAACUUCCUGCAAAGGCCGCCUCCUUGUAGGGCUGUGACAGGAAGCACAAAUGUAGUGUAUAAAUAAAAGGUAAAAUCCAUUUAAAUAGAUGAAUAAUACAUAUUGCAAUGAUUUCUAUUAAAGGGACACAAACCCAAAAUUUUUCUUUCAUGAUUCAGAUAGAGAAUAAAAUUUUAAACAACUUUCUAAUUUACUUCUAUUAUCUCAUUUGUUUUAUUCUCUUGGUAUCAUUUGUUGAAGGAGCAACAAUGUACUAAUGGUUUCUAACUGAUCACAUGGGUGAGCCAAUGACAAUCAGUAUAUAUAUGCAGCCACCAAUCAACAGCUAGAACCUAGAUUCUCUGCUGCUCUUGAGCUUACCUAGAUAAACCUUUCAGCAAAUGAUAACGAGAAGGAAGCAAAUUAAAUUAUAGAAGUAAAUUGGAAAGUUGUUUAAAAUUGUAUUCUCUAUCUGAAUUGUGAGAAAAUUUUGGGGUUUCAUGUCCCUUUAAGUAUAAGCAACUGAUGAGUGCUUUUUUAUCACAACAAUGAAACAGAAUGUUUUAACAUCCCUUUAAGAGGAGCAUGCUUCCCCGGUUUUAGUGACAUUUUAAAUACAAAUCACAUUGGGUGUGUGGGCUACAUAAAACUGACUUGCAGUCCCAUAAGAACUUGGGGAGGUACUCAGUAGUAGUGGGGGGACAGCCCUGACUGUCUCCAGCGCCUGUGGACCAUAGGUAUUGAGAUGGAUACAUUCCUCGUAUAAGAACAAUUCCAGGAUAUGAUCUCAAACACUUAGCUUUGUUUCCAUGUGGGAAUCAAAUACUGAUUGAAUAGCGACACCCCUUUAAUAUUCUAUGUUGUUUUUCUCUAUAUUUUAUCUAUGCAUUCCUUUUAACCACAGAUAUGUAUUUUGAGCAGGGUCUCUCAAUUUGUUUCAUAUUGUACUAGUGAUUUAAGUGUACAUUCGAGAGGCUUGAGUUGUUGUUUUUUUAAUAGUUUGUACAGUGUACACUUUAAAAGCUGGAAAGACUUUCUGAAGUUAUAGACUACAAAGAAAAAAAAUUCAUAUCAUCCACAAAUAUUCGCUACAUUUAAUCUAAUUUGUCAUUCCAUUGUCCUUAAAGGGACAUAAUACCACAUUCAAAUACAUAUUCAUUUAAAACCACAGAAAUGGUAAAACUUUAAAAUGCACUUCCCUUAUCUUCUGAUAGGGUUCAAGGCACAGCUGCCUUUGUGAGAUUUCCUGCAUCCAGCCCAAAGCUAAUAUCGUAAUCAAGAUUGUAAAAUAAAAUAAGCAGAGAUCUAUGAACCAUAAAUGGUAGAGGGUCCUGCCUCGUGUAUUACAAUCUGCCAUAAAAUCUGUUAUGCAAGGUGAUUUUUUUUUUCUCAGAGGGGGUAAAUAUAUAUUUUAAAGCUUAAUAAUGUAUAAAGCUUUUAAAGAAUAUUCAGUGAAACUGGGACUUCUAUUUCACUGUUAACUCUUAGCAUCAGGCAGCUCUCUUCUGCACCCAAGGGGUUAAGCACCUUUUGUCAACAUCACCUGUUGUGGUCAUAUUUAUUUAAGAAUGUAAUCAAAGAGGCACGUCAGAAGUAUGAAUUGCUGUCCUGCACAAUAACCACACAGGAGCACCAAGUCUUGUUUCCUGUCUGUCUGUCUGUCGCUUCUGCCAUACUUUUUUCUUCUAGUCCCCUUUGGCCAUUUCUGUUAACUGUUCCACCAAAUUGCACUAGAACAUAUCCCAAUGUCUGUACAUAAUCAAUAUACUUGUUUAUAUACAUAUAUUAAAACUCAGAUCUAUUUA